CCAGUUUGUUCUCAGUUCUUGUCGGACAACCGAGUAGUCAAGUGGUGAUCUGGUGAUAGUAGCCGAGUGAGUGUAGUGCCGUCGCCGUGAGUGUUCGUCGGUAGUGUAAACUGUAUUUGUCAAACUGUACGCGCCCAGGGAAGAGGAUAUGCUGACGAUGGAGACGGACCUGAAGGGUGGACACAUGGCCCCCCAUCACCCCGUCUCCUCGUACGCGUCGCUGGUGCACGGCGGCAACCUGAUGGGAGGUCUGCCACAGCCACCACCGCUGCAGCACAUGCAUCAGCAGCAGACGGCUGUCGUGCAUCCCCAGCAGCCCAACAACAAUAACAACAACACCAACAAGAACCAGAACGCAGAUCGUGUUAAGAGGCCGAUGAACGCGUUCAUGGUGUGGUCACGCGGCCAGCGCCGCAAAAUGGCCCAGGAGAACCCCAAAAUGCACAACUCUGAGAUCUCGAAACGGCUGGGUGCCGAGUGGAAGCUGCUGUCCGAGGCCGAGAAGAGGCCGUUCAUCGACGAGGCCAAGCGACUGAGGGCCGUCCACAUGAAGGAGCACCCCGACUACAAGUACCGCCCUAGGCGCAAGACGAAGACCCUGCUCAAGAAGGACAAGUACCCGCUUGCAGCCGGCUCACUGCUGGGCAACUCAGCUGCAGCCGAUGCAGCCGUGCGUCAGGCCAACGCAGCGCAGAGUGGAGGUGUACAGCAGGUGGUGCAUCGCGAUGUCUACCAGAUGCCCAACGGAUACAUGCCCAAUGGCUACAUGAUGCAUCACGACCCAACCGGCUACCAACAGCACCAGGCCUACAACCAGCACAUGGCUGCAGCUGGCUACCCACGCUACGACAUGUCGCAGAUGCAACAGCACCAGGCCUACAUCAACGGAGGCUCCUACAGCAGCAUGUACGGCGGCGGAGGCGGUGGAGGCGGCGGCUCACCCUACAUGCAGCAGCAGCCCGGCUCACACAGCCCCAGCGGCAGCAGCAUCAAGUCUGAGCCAGUGUCACCCGGCUCGAACACGACACCCGGCGGCACGAUCACCGUGAAGCGUGAGUACGGUGCCCCGCCCCCGCCCGCCACCGGCGACCUGCGACAGAUGAUCUCCAUGUACCUGCCCGAUCCGUCGGCCGACCACCAGCAGCCGCCUCCCAGGCUGCAGCAGCCCAUGCAUCACCAUUACUCGCACCCACACUCCGCCUCCCCCGACCCGUCCGGUGGCAUGAACCUCUCGCACAUGUAGGAGUCACUCUUCGACUGCCGCUUUCACGCUUCUUCCACGACUGCUGGCAGCUGCAAGGACGACUCCCUCUUCCACUUGUGAUCUGUUUCCGGACCCUGUGAUCAUGAUCUCCCCUAUCAAGUGAUGACACUUUCGCGACUACCUCUAUGUGCCAAUCCGCGACAACCGACACACCGGAAACAUUCUAUAUUAUAUAUAUAAAUAGCUGAAAUAUAUAUAAUUGAUUUGUAAAUAUUGAUCCAGGAUUUAGGGACUACUGAUUAUCUUUUUCACUGUAGAGGCCACUUUUUAAGCAAACUGCGUGCCGGCGAAGUGUACGCGUGUAUAUAGUAAAUUAGUUUUAUUAUCAUCAUCAUUCAAGUUUAUAGUUGAAAUAUGUUUUAUGUUACAAAGCAAAUGUGGAAGUGAAAUAUUUUUCGAAACUGUACGUUUUCCAGUUAUAUAAUAUUUCAUGUCUCAUUGAGGCCUAGAUUUCAAUAUUGUUGACGCGAUUGCAAAAUUUCUUUUACGUUAAAAGACUACUGUACUUCAUUGUUCGUAUUUUUUCGCUACGAUGACAACUGAUCGGUCAGUUUUAUUAGCAAUAUUGCCAUCGGGAUUGGAAAAUUUUAUUUGACCAAAGAUUUAUUUAAUAGUUCAUUGAUUGAACGUGAGCUCUUAAUACCUCUGGUAGGUCUAUAUUCGGAAUUUCAUUCGAAUUCAAUUCUUAAAUUAGUAGAGAACUUGCAAUUGUAUAGUUAAUAUAGCUUUUCUUUUGUCACUUGCUUCGAAAAACACCACUCAGCACGCAAUAUAGUGUAUGCUAGUGAUUCCAUUGGAGAUUUUAACGUUCUCAAAAAAAAGAAAAAUUUGUUUAAAAAUAAAUGAACGAAAUUAGUUAACGAUAAUAAUAGAAAUCAGUAACCUUUUGGCCUACUUAACUUGUAUUGAUGAAUUUCUCGGGAAUAUGAGUAAUUGAUUUUAUCAACGUUUAUUCAAAUAAGACAAAGACUGUGUGUGUUUAAUAAGAAUCGUUUCAAUAGAGCAUCUCUUCUCAAACUGCAUUGAAGACUGGAGUAUUAUGGUAUGCAAUGAUUUUUCUUUAUUGUAUUUAAAAUUAGUCUUAAGUACAAUCUUAACAAGCAUGCCUUACUAAGCUCAUCCCCCAGCACAAACUAACCCCGUCAAUCUCCAUUUCAGAUAAGUUCAUAGAUUACAGCAUUUAACAAUAGUUAUGAUCAAUGCAUUCAUUUAAAAUGAAGUAUCUGCGUACUCAGUGGAAAGUCGUUCAAACUUUCAGGGUCUGAAACAAUUUUUUUUUUCAAUUUCCUCUUUCAGAAAAUAGUUCAUUAUUUCAAUAUCAAUAUGGUAACACAAGUUUCGUGCAACUACAGGCAUAGUAGAUCACUUUUGAUUCGUAGAUGAAACCAUUCAAACAAAAAUUAGAAGACUGAGCAGAUUCAUCAUCGGAAAGAUCCUUCAUCUUUCAUCUAAUAUUCAUGUUAUUGAAAUGAUAGAAUCGAGUGUAAUGUUUAAUGGAGUGAAAUGAAAACAUUAUUAUCAUUUGAUACAAGUUACUCUGUGAUUGAACCGCUUUGACUUUAUCGCAUUGCUCUUCCAAGAAUGAUUGCUAUUGAUCUUUUCCAAUUGCAAUGCCUGUCGUCAAUUUUGUUUAAUGCCUCAAUUGCAUAGUUGAUUCUGAUUAAAUCUAUAUAGAAUAGAAACAUUCCAUUUCAAUUGAAAGAUUAAAGUAUAAAAUGUAUACUUUUGAGUUUUUAAUAAACUUUAAACGUAGAAUAAGCAUAUAGGCUAGUAUACGCCUAUUUCUCAAUGCUAAUGAAACUCUUCAGGCCUUUGAAGAACCUACCUUCUGAUUCUUCUGGGACUGAGAAUCAUUCUCUCUUGAAUACUAAAAUUUGAUAUUAUUUCACACUAAUAUUGUUACAUCACCAUCCAAAGGAACCGAUGUGUCAUAUAAUAACUAAUACUCGUUCCAAAAAACUUUACAUUCUUGAUGCAGUAGUAUUGGGAUUUUCCCAUAGCCUUCAUAUGUUCAUAAGAACUCCUUUUUUCCAAGAAAUGCCCAAUUACUGUUCUGGAUCAGACAGACUAUAAAAUAUCCUGUACCGUAAUUAGAAGUUAAUUACUGUCAUCCAAUAUGAUUUCUAAUAAUCUGUAGACAAAUAGAUCAAAAAUGUAUUAUCUGUUUGCUCAAUGGACUGUUACUAUUCAAUGAGAUUUUUCCUUCAAUAUUUUGCAUUUUCGAUCUAUGAAAGAAUGAGCUUAGUAAGGGAUGAUUAUAAUGUAUGUCUAGGGAAUGAACUUGUAAUUGAAGUUUAGUUGUUGACAUUCAUCAAACUUAGGUAUUUGAUCCCUGAUGGAAGCGGAUGAAAUUGAUUGAAACUCAUAUUUUUAUUAUCGAUGAAAUGGUAUUAUCCUUGAAUAAAAUUAUCACAUCUACAAUAUCAUUCUGAUUUUUUUAUUCAGGGAUGAAAAAGAAGAAAAAUUUCCAGAACAGUCCCAUUUUCAUAUUCUAUCUAGCAGAUUUCAAGUAGUUUAAACCGUGAACUUGUUCCAUUUAUAUAAUUUUUUUCAUCAUCGAUAUUUCCCACUACCUACUGUUAUAAAUUACUAUUAACUUCUUGAUCACCUUCUUGUAACAUUUUUCAAAACUAUUUGAGCAGUGUGGGGUCAGUAAAUGCAAAAUCUAUUUUUGUUUUGGGAAGAUUGUUUAUAUUAGAGAGCUACUAUUUAUCCUUGUACUAAACCUAGACUAUGUCUUGUGCCCUGCCAGAAUCUGGUUUCGGGAAGUAAUGAAAAGUAAUUCAUCUAUAAACCAUUGUCAUCAAGCCAAUUUUUUUGUUUGUUUAUAUUUUCAAUAGCGGUAAUUGAAGCUACUAUGCAAAGAUGAUGAUAAAGUUGUGCUUACAUUUCACACUUCCAGCCCACCGGUCUUGAUUUAUCGCUAAAGUUGAAUUCGAUACCUAAUAAAAGGCAAUAGUUUCAAUAGUAAAAUCUAUUCACAAACAAACGACUAUCAUUUUCCAUUUCUCUGGUUUUAAUUGAACUAUCAUUCAGUUAUGUUAUUGCCGGUACCAUAGUGAUAGAUCAUUAGUUACAUCAACUUAAAGUAUAUUACUUCUUGCUAGAGGUAAAUUUUUCAAGCUCGAAUUCUUUCAAUUAACGUACCGUAUACGUUUUAUUGUUAUUCGUUUUUUUCUAAACCUUCAUGUUCUUGAUGUAAGGUAAGGUACAAUACAGGAGACAUGCUUGGUACCUUUUAUGAGAAGUUAUGUGUAGGCUAAGCUAAUUGAGACCGUUGAUUUCACAACACUGUAGUAGAAGCUUUCAUUGCUCAAAUAAUGUAAAUACUAUUAUAUUAUAGGCCUAAUUGAGUACCGAACUAUCAGAACUACGCUAUAUAAGAAUGUUUCAAGAUAUUGACCAGCUUCUAUUGAUUUUUUCUAUUCAAAAAUUCAGGUUUUAUAGAAAUUGAGAGAAUGGAGUUGACUCAACUUGAAAUUUGCUAGAUAACAAUGAGGUUUGGUUAACUAUUAAUACAGUAGUUAAUAGUUCACUUUACAUCCCUACCUCUAAAACUUCCAUUUAAUUUCCUAUUUUUCGCUCUAUAGACAGAUAUGAGUUUCAAUCGACGACAGUUUCCAUUAUUGAUUCUCAAGAAUAGACAAAAAAGUCGGAGAAGUGAAUUAAAUUUCGAUUCAAUCCAGUACCGCAAUUAUGUUUUUUUUUCAGUACAGUAACUAUACGGUAUAACUAACUAGAAAUUCACUGAUAAUGUGUGACUUCUAUUCUUCAAUACGGUCUGAUUUUUUUAUUGAAAUUUUAUAAUGUAGGUACUUUGAUACAAACGUUAGAUCAUUUAUCUAUUCUUUAUUUGGUUGUUGAGAGACUUUGAAUUCUAGCUCUAAUAUAUACCGUAUAAGACUUUCAUUUUGUUACACAUGAUGGAACGAUUCAUUCAAUAUUUGUUUCGGUUUUUAUUAGGAUUAAAACUUAAUUUUCUCAAUCCAUUGAGAUAUUUUUAGGUUCAAAUGUCACCUAAUGGAAGAAAUAUCAAUUGAAUACUUAUUCCCUCUGUUCUUAUUUCUAGCUAUUAAUAUUAGGGUAUAAACUCAGUACCGAGAAAGAUUAUGUUGAUCAUACUAUGGUUAUGAUUCUAAGGAGAUUUGAUUAUCUUGUUAUAAUUCAGUUCAGUGAACUUAGUUAAAAUUCCUAGAUGAAAUUUUAGUAAUUUAUAUGGCAAUUAUUUCAUUAAAUAUCAAUUUUCAUACUAUAUCCUAGUAAUAUAGAGUACUGCUCUCCAAUUACGUACCGAAAUAACGAACAAUGUUUCACCAUGUUGUCCAAUCCAAUCGUUGAACUAUAUUAUUUGUUAAAUUAUUAUUUCAAUUGUACUAUUUCGAAUUUACUAUCGAUAUCUUAUUCAAAUAACGUAUUGUUCUAUUACUUUUGUGAGAAAUGCCAUUUAAACAAUGUUUACCUGUGUUUAUAUAAUUAUUGUUUGUACAAAUCAAAUUCUUUUGCUUAAUUAUAUAUGAAAACUGUACAGUCAGUGUUGAAUAGUCAGUGGCUAUAAUUAUGUGAAUAAAUUAUAAAUAAGUUUAUAGUCUAAAAAA